ACAAGUUUGAACAGAAACAACUGAAACAAGCACACAAACAACAGAAACAAACAAUCGGGAAGGCGUAUGAAAGAAACAAAUAUGCAGAAAAGACGACGCUGUGAGCUUGUUGACAAAGAAACGGCACAUUUUUCACAGGUAGAUGAAGCUUGCAAGGAAAAGGAAGAUUGCUUUGCAGAGCAGCAGCUGCCCACAAAACAUCGAUACCUGCUGUAAUGACAGUCACACAGAUACUUUCAAACAUGAAGAAAAGCAUUUAAGCAGUAGCAAAAGCCAACAAAAUAUCAUGCAGGAUGUAUCAGAUGCAGAUGAGACCAGAAAUUCUGUAUGUUGUGUAUCUGGAGAAUAUGAUACUAACAAUAGCUAUGGUGAGUCUCAGAAGACACUCAAGAAUAAGAACAGUCUGAAGGAACACUCACUUUUGCACAGUGACAGCCACCGCUACAGCUGUACUGUGUGUAGCAAAACAUUCAGUACAGCCAAUUAUCUGAAAAUACACAUGAGGAUACACACAGGUGACCGUCCAUUCAUUUGUUACGUGUGUGGCAAGGCGUUCAUACACAACAGUAACCUGACAUGCCACAUGCGCAACCAUACAGGUGAACGACCCUUCAGCUGUACUGUGUGCUCAAAGACAUUCACUAGUGGUAGUGUCCUAAACCAGCACUUGCGUAUACACUCCUCUGAAUUCCCUUUCAGGUGCACAGUGUGCAGCAAGACAUUUAAAUGGAAAAGCAAUCUGACAACACAUUUACGUAUCCAUACAGGUGAACGUCCCUUCUGCUGCGCUAUAUGUAGCAAGACAUUCACAGAUGGUAGUAGCCUAAGGAAGCAUUUGCGUGUCCACUAUGUAAAUGCUCCUUCAGUGGCAAGAUCUUCUGUUAGAUACUUGCAAUGAACAGUUAGGUGUAUGAGUGAAUGCCUGUAGAUCGAAUCAUAAUGUGCUGCUGCAUUUUUUUAAUGUUGUUGACUGUGUUUACAUAUUGUUGUUACCUGUUGGGAACUGUUAUUGGGACACAUUUGAAUGUGUUACAGGCACUGAAAGAUAUUCACAAACAAUAUGUGUGUGAUUGUGUUGGUGUUAUAAGCAAAUAAAAAUUUUAUUUAGACAACUGAAAGCAUUUGUUCUAUCAUUUUUGGAGAAUUGAAUAGGUGAAUGUUUUGUAAUUAUGUGAAUAUUGUAUUAAAAUUUCUAUCAGUUUAACAGCUGGAAUGACUUGUA